CUGUUACCAGCAAAUUUACACACAUCAAUGCCUUAUCUGCAAUGGGGAGUACUUUCCAUUACUGCUGCACCCAUCAAAAUCCAUCCUCUUCAUUUCUUUCCUCCCUUGCCCAUUUGCCCAACCAAGCCUCAGCUGCCCCCGCCUAAUACCGUCGCCGAUAUAACCAACCAGUCUAACCACCACUACACACUCCACUCCAUUUCCCACUCGACUCCAUCCAGACAUUGUCUCCAAUGUCGCCGCCGCCGCUUCGCCUCCUCCUCUUCCUCCUCCUGCUCCACCUCCCCUCCUCCCUCUCCUCGCGCCACCACCACCACGCCCCGUCGCCGUCCAAGCCGGCGCCGGCCUCCUACGCGGCGCCGCUCGCCGUCCUCCUCGCUUGCAACGCCACGCGGUUCCAGCCCGCCUGCGUCUCCACGCUCUCCAACGCCUCCGCCGACGCGUCCACUCCGGACCUCCUCGCCGCCACGCUCUCCGCGCUCAGGGCCCGCAUCCCGCCGGCCGUCUCCACGGCGCGGUCCGUCCUCGCCGCCUCCUCCAACGUCAACCUCACCAACGCCGCCACCAACUGCCUCACGUUCCUCUCCUUCUCCACCCACCGCCUCUCGCCGCCGCCCUCGACGUCGUCGCCGUCGCUCCUCUCCGCCUCCACCGCGCUCCUCCACCUCUACGACUGCUGGUCCGCCUACAAGUACGUCAACUUCUCCCGCACCAUCUCCGACGCCAUGGCCUACCUCGACGACACCAUCGCCGUCAACAGCAACUACAUCUCCAUGCUCGCCGCGCUGCAGCGCUACGGCGACGACACCUUCCGGUGGGCCCCGCCGCAGACCGAGCGCGACGGCUACUGGCCGCCCGCGGCGGCGGGGUCCGCCGCCGACGAGGACGCGCUCGGCGUGCCCAAGGGGCUCCCCCCCAACGUGACGGUGUGCGGCGCGGGGUGCCACUACAAGACGGUGGGGGAGGCGGUGGCGGCGGCGCCGGACUACGGCGACGAGAUGUUCGUGGUGCACGUGAAGGAGGGGGUGUACAAGGAGACGGUGAACGUGCCGUUGGAGAAGACGAACGUGGUGGUCGUCGGGGACGGCAUGGGGAAGACGGUCAUCACCGGCGACCUCAACGCCGACACGCCGGGCGUCUCCACGUUCAACACGGCCACCGUAGGCGUGCUCGCGGACGGCUUCAUGGCGCGCGACCUGACGAUCUCCAACACGGCCGGGCCCGACGCGCACCAGGCGGUGGCGUUCCGGUCGACGGGCGACCGCACGGUGCUGGACACGGUGGAGCUCCUGGGCCACCAGGACACGCUGUACGCGCACGCCAUGCGGCAGUUCUACACCCGGUGCCGCGUCUCUGGCACCGUCGACUUCGUCUUCGGCAACUCGGCCACCGUCCUCCGCGACACCGCCCUCAUCGUCCUCCCGAGGCAGCUCCGCCCGGAGAAGGGCGAGAACGACGCCGUCACCGCGCAGGGGCGCACCGACCCGGCGCAGCCCACGGGGAUCGUGCUCCGCGGCUGCGUCGUCAACGGCAGCGACGACUACAUGGCGCUGUACAGGGAGAAGCCCGACGUGCACCACGUCUACCUGGGCCGGCCCUGGAAGGAGUACUCGCGCACGGUGUACGUCGGCUGCACGCUCUCCGAGAUCGUGCAGCCGCGCGGGUGGAUGGCGUGGAACGGCGACUUCGCGCUCAAGACGCUCUACUACGGCGAGUACGAGAGCGCCGGCCCCGGCGGCGACGGCGCCAGCGGGAGCAGGAUCGGGUGGAGCAGCCAGGUGCCCAGGGACCACGUCGACGUGUACAGCGUCGCCAGCUUCAUACAGGGUGACAAGUGGAUACCCAAAAUACAUUAGUUAGAGCAGCAUAAAAAGAAGUAAAUGGUGGUCCAUUGUGUGAUCCCCUCGAAUGAGAUGGUGCCAAACUGCCAACGGCGUAUAGCCAUUUAACUGUGCAAACGCAUUGUGCCGUGCAUAAUGUUUAAUGAAAGGGUGGCCAAAGCCUUUUCCUUGAUCAAUGAGGAUGUAUGAUCUAGUGCUAGCCGACCGUGAACGUGAAGGCUAAAUCUAUGAAAAGAAACAGCUGAAAUUUCCAA